AUGCCGCACCCUCUGUUGAACAAGCCUGCUCCGACUAUUACUUGCCCUAACGCUGACGGCGAGGACUUCACGUUCACGCCGGGCGCAAGCGGCAAGCCUGCCGUCGUCUUCUUCGUGCCGAGUGUCGGGACCUACGGAUGCAGUCGCGAGAUGUGCGGCUUCCGUGAUCAACUCGUUGACGGCAGCGCGUUCUCUGACAAAGCGGUCGAUCUCAUUGGCCUUGGCCCGAACCCUGUGAAGGAUAUCAAGACCUGGGUCACGGAUAACAACAUCAACUACACCGUUUUGAGCGACGAGAAGGGUGAAGCGCGCAAGGCGUUCCAGUGCGGAAAGGGCCUCAUGGGGCUCAGCGAGGGCCGCAUCUCGUUCGUCAUCGACAACAAGGGCAUCGUUCGUGAUGUCAUGGACUCUGUGAUCAACUACAACGGUCAUGUUAAGUUCGCGCUCAAGACCAUCGAGAAGCUCAACGGCGAGUCCAAGCCAGUCGCUGAGGCCACUCCUACGACGACCGCUCCGCCUGCCGAGCCGACACCUUCCUCUUGA